AAUAUGGAUAAUUGAUACUAUAGGUUUUGUCGGAGCAUUAUUUUUAAUUAGAUAUCCUCUAAGCCAUUUGAUGGUCUUUCUAUUCAAAUAACCGAAUCCAACGAGUGGUUAGGCGGAUCGUUGUCGGGGGGAAAUGACAGAGGGGGACUAAAACAGGAAGGAAUGGCAGCUAACCUUGCUAAGGAGUGUGCGGUACGGGUAGACGUUUCACAAUGUAACGCUAAGUGUAUCAAACAAUUAAAUUAGUAGGUGGCUACAUUGUAGCCAAGUUGUUUGAGCGAGUGUAGUGCAACGGUUAGAACGUUUACAUUAUAUCCAGCGUCCAGAGUGUAGAUUUGCUGCAACGUCACUGCAAAGCAAGCGUUACCAUUUUUCUGUGUGGCUAUUCGUGGAAAAUGAUGGUGGCUGUGGCUCUAGAAACACUGCUACUGCAACACUGCUUGAGUAAGUACUGAUUGGUCAGGUCAACUGCAAUCAUGGAUCAUCAUCAACUUCAUCAUCACACACAAGGAAGCAUGUCACCAUCAUAUGUUCCAAGGAAGAGGAAGGCUUCACAACCAAAACAAAAAAGUGGUGUUCCACUACCAGCUAUCCAGAAGAUGCCAGAUAUGAGUGUGAUGAGCAUGAUUGGUGUUCCACCUAAGAAUGAUGACCCCCAUGCCCAGGCGACCCAAAAGAUGAAAAGGUCAUAUGGCAGAAAAAGGUCAAUGGGCCCACUGUAUGAGGAUCUGCAGAAUGUCUCUCUGGGUUCUGGUGUGGAGGAUUCAACCAGCGAGACGUCCUGCUGCUCCGUGGUGUCUUCCAGCCUGGCUGUAGCCAACGGUGAGCUGCCUCCUCCACCACCACUCUCCGCCAGACUGCCUCACAAGUUGGUGGCUAAAGACUGCUGGCCCAACCAGGCCCCAGACACAAGCAGGGCCCAGGGCCGGGGUCAGGAACCACACCUGCCCUCCGAUUUUGCGAUUAAGAAAAUGCGGAGAGUGGAGGUGAACAACAACAGCACACCUUCUGCUACAAAUUUCCCUCAAGAAGUGAGACAGUCAGUUCCAGUUCCUGUUGGAGGUGGGCAUGUUCAUAGCCAUGUCCAUAGCGGUCACUCAGUGGGAGGUGGGCAUGUUCAUAGCCAUGUCCAUAGCGGUCACUCAGUGGGAGGUGGGCAUAGCAAUGUCUACAGCAGUCUCUCGGUUGGAGGUGGACAUGCCCAUAACCAUGUCGACAGCAGUCACUUGGUAGGAGGUGGACAUGCCCAUAACCAUGUCGACAGCAGUCACUUGGUAGGAGGUGGACAUGCCCAUAGCCAUGUCAACAGCGGUCACUCGGUUGGAGGUGGACAUGCCCAUAGCCAUGUCAACAGCAGUCACUUAGUAGGAGGUGGACAUGCUCAUAGCCAUUUUGACAGCAGUCACUUGGUAGGAGGUGGACAUGCCCAUAGCCAUGUCCAAAGCGGUCACUUGCUUGGAGGUGGGCAUCUCCAGAGCAGUUACCCUAUUGGAGGUGAACUUGUCCAGAGCAGUUACUCUGUUGUAGGUGGACAUGUUCAUAGAAGUCACACUAUUGGAGGUGUGACUAUCCAGAGCAGUCACAGUCACCCAGCAGAGCCUACCGAGGAAGAGAAAUCUAAAGUCUUCACCUUCACAACGAAGAAGGAACCCCCAGUCUACCCCCCAGGAAGUCAAGAAGAGAGGUGGCAGCUGAUGAUCCUGGGCAAAGGCCGAGUCACGUGCCCCAAGUGUAAAAGUGUGAGCAGGAAGACUGUGGAUGGCCUGAAGAAACAUAUGGAGAGCUGCCGAUUGAAUCCCUUCACGUGUCAGCAAUGCGGGAAACAACUGAAGUCUUCCACGGGAAUGAAGUACCACAUCAUGGCAGACCACAAUAACCUGCCCUCACCAGAUGACAUAAAUGGCCUGGAUGACCAGUCCAUGAAGGAAAAAUUGAGGAAGGUGCUGAAAAGGAUGGGAAAAUUAAAAUGCUCGAAAGAGGGCUGCACUGGUAGUUUCACCAGCAUCAUGGGUUACCUGUACCACAUGAAGAAGUGUGGGAAAGAGGAGUCUGAGCUGGAGAAGCUGCUUCUCAACUGCCAACACUGUGGCAAGGUCUACAAGUCCAAGGCAGGCCUGGAGUACCACCUCAAGUCGGAGCACGCACCAGUGCCUCAGAAUGCAGAGGAGGAGGAGGUGGAGGUGAAGGCUCAGAGAGAGCCCAACCCUGAGAGGACACCCAGCGGCCGGGUCAAACGCAUGUCAGCCCAGGUGGCCUUUUUCCACCUACAGGAGAUUGCUAAUGACGAGCUGGUCAAGGAGUGGCCCAAGAGGAAGGUCAUCGGAGACCUUGUCCCAGACGAUAAGAAGCUGAGAUAUGCCCGGCCAGGGCUGCCUGCCUUCAGUCAGGAGGUCCUUCGGAAGUGGAAAAACGAAGUGAAGCUGCAAAAAAAAGUUCAGUGCCCAAACCUGGGCUGCGGCUCGGUCUACACCAGUGUGUCUGGACUGAAGGCUCACCUUGGGCUCUGUGGAAGGGGGGACUUUGAAGCAGGGAAAUACAAAUGCCUAAUCUGUAAGAAAGAGUUCAACUCAGAGAGUGGGGUGAAGUACCACAUCAAUUCUGUCCACUCCCAGGACUGGUUUGUGGUGACCUCAAAAUCCAAGAACUUUGAUAAGGUCCUAAAGACCAAGCCCAAGGUGCACAGCACUGUGAAUGACCCCACUGACCAGCUCCAGCAGCAGACCCUCCAUGUCUUCACCCCCAUCCUAGAGCCCUGGCAGGACAUGCAGAUGGGACCCCCACCAGCGGUGCCCGAGUCAGCCCUGCAGGUCAACCCUGAGGCAGCAGAGGGGAAGAGGAGGGGGAAGGGGAGAGGGAAGGAGAAGGACUGCUAUGACUUCACUGGCAGUGAUCAUUCCAGCAGUAGCAGCAGUGGCAGCUCCAGCAGUGGAUCAGAGACAGAGGAGCCUGAGAGACACAACGUUGACCAAUGGGCACUGCAGAGACCCAGUAUCAUCGAGACCCACCCUGAAGCCGCCAAGCGACCCAGAAGCAACCUCUAGUUCGGUUUGAUCACCUGACUUCAGAUCAGGAGUCUGUUCAGGAGGGUGCAACGUUACAGAACGUUCAAAUAGAAAUGCAUUCUGCAUUGGUCCUGGGAUGUGUAGUCUGUGUUUCAACUGUAACUACUUAGCCAACUUUUAACAUGUCUUAUUAUUUUAAUAAGAUUUAUAACUUUUUUGUUUUCUGACAUGUUUACUUAGACUUUUUUUAACCCCUAUUAUCGGUAGACUUGUGUUCCUCUACAGAUUGUGCCUAGUGUAUGGGUUUAUUAUUUCAUACAACUCCUUAUUAUAACUGAACUGUCAUCAGACCUCUUUUUACAAUGCAUAUUUAACCAUAGCAUGUGGUGUUAAUGUAGUCUGCAUUUUAUAUCAUGGAUUGUGAUAUGUUAACGCAGGAUGAAUUUGAAAUACGGUGGUUGUCGGUUAUAGUUGUCCGUGAUGUGUUAACGCUGCGUUGUUUGUGGAUGAACGGGCCAGAUGGAAAUAGGUGCAUUUGUCAUUUUAUUUACUCCCUUUGUGCCCCUCUGCUGUAAGAUUGUAUUUAGUUUAUUCGUCUCCUGUUGAGAUUUGUCAGUGCGCUUCUGUUUAAGGUUUUGAAUAGAUUCAUCUGUUUUACUUACUUUUGAAUAAUGAAGCUGCCCUUUAAUUUUUUUAACAAUCCCUAACACAUUGAUUGUUAACAAUUGGGUUUCCCUAUUUGAUGGCUUAGAAAAUGUUACAAAGACAACCAAUGUCUUUCAGAUCAAAGAUUCUGCUUGCGUCCGUGAUUCCUGUAACAGAAACGGGCAUAGUGCAUGCACUUUUAUAUUGACUGAAAUGAACUGCUCAGCCUAAUCAUAGGCAUAUUCUCGUAAUCCAACUUUGUGAAAGUUGACAAGUGUGCCAUCAUUUUUGUCUGGCAUUAGACACUGCUUCUUGAGAUGACUUGUGUUCCGUGUUUAAUGAACCAACUGUUGUUAGUCAAAUGAAAGGGAACACACUUCAAUUCACCAUUUGUGUACAUUUGUAUUAAUGGAAAAACUAUUGUUUCAAGAUUAGAAAACUGCAUUAUACCUUUUUCUAGAAGUACUGUAAUGUACUCAUUUUUUUAACUACCAGCAGUGUUAGCUAUAUCAACAGGUGAAAUAAAAAAUAUUUACAUAAUUC